AUGACCGCCCACGAUGAUGUGGAGGCCUACCUUCAGAUGUUCGAGAAUACGGCUACCCUGGAGGGAUGGGAUCCGGAAGAUUGGGCCCGAGCCCUUGCACCGCUUCUCACGGGUGAACCCCAACGGACAUUCUUCGGUCUCCCGACCGACAUCGCGGGAGACUACGAGGCGGUGAAGAAGGAGAUCCUGGCCCGGGUGGGCCUUUCCCCCGUGUGCGCGGCCCAGGCGCUCCAUGAGUGGUCAUAUCAGCCUCGACGCCCGGCGAGGGCCCAGGUCGCCGAGCUCACCCGGCUAGCUCAACAUUGGCUGCUAGUUGGAACGCCCACUGCUGCCCAGGUAACGGAGCGCGUCGUGAUCGAUCGCCUCCUCCGAGCCCUACCACGCCCGCUCCGCCAAGCCGUAGGCAUGAAGAAUCCCUCCACGACGUCGGAACUGGUGGAGGCGGUCGAGCUGCCGGAGGCGGCCCAUCGACGCGAGGCAGGGGAGAGAGUACCGCCUUUUCCCCGGAGGGUGGCUCCGGAGCAACGCUCGCUGGAGGGCACCUCGCGACCAGUAGAGGGCGCGGCGGUCCCCGACAUCCAGGAGGAGUCUAUGCCUACCGCUCCCUCAUCGCCAAGGGCCCGAACCUGGUGGGCAGGUGAAGAUCGACGGCCGGCCGUAUCAGGCCAUUCUGGACUCGGACAGUGCCGUCAGCCUCGUCCAGACCAAGAUCUUGGCACCGCCCCACCGAACAAAGCCUGUCCUCCCCCUCACAUGUGUCCACGGAGAUACACGGGAGGUGCCCACUGUCCGGGGUUUGAGGCCCUCCUCCGCGUCGCCACACAGCCUGCCCACCCAACUGGGGGCCGCCGUGGGCGGCGCAUCUACAAGAAGCCCAGCCGCCGCCCCGUUCUCCUGGCCUCCGACAGCGGGAGAGAUGGUGAGUCCCCCUCCCAAAAUCCUAACCUUUUUUAUGAUGUCUAUCAACAGGUCUCGGGAGGGGGCUCCUUUGGCCGGGCCCAACGAGAAGACGACCGCCUAAAGAAUUGCUGGAACCAGGUCUGCAUCCUCGAAGGGAAGGAGGUCCGGCCAAAACCCCAUCCUCUCCCCCACUUCAUCGUAGAGAACGGCCUGCUCUACUGUGUCGCCCAGCGAAGGGGGGAGGAAAAGAAACUUCUAGUGGUACCACGCUCCAAGACGGAGACAGUGUUGAAUCUGGCCCAUGCCCACCCAACGGCCGGACACCUAGGGGCCGGAAACACCAUCAACCGUAUCCGGGACCGCUUCCACUGGCCCGGCUUGGAGGCCGAGGUUCGUCGGUUUUGUCAGGCCUGCCCAGAGUGCCAGAGGACAUCGCCACGCAACCCUCCCCCCUCUCCGCUCAUUCCGCUACCCAUCAUCGAGGUGCCCUUCGAGCGGAUCGGGAUGGAUCUGGUGGGCCCGUUGCCGAAGUCUGCCCGGGGGCAUGAACACAUCCUCGUCGUAGUGGACUAUGCCACCCGGUACCCUGAAGCCAUCCCCCUCCGGAAAGCGACCGCCAAGGCCAUCGCUCACGAGCUUUUCCUGCUCUUCAGCCGGGUCGGUAUCCCGACGGAGAUUCUGACCGAUCAGGGAACACCAUUUAUGUCCCGGCUAAUGGCUGACCUGUGCCGACUGCUCCGGGUAAAGCAGUUAAGGACCACCGUAUACCACCCCCAGACGGACGGACUAGUGGAACGAUUCAAUCAAACCCUCAAGCAGAUGCUACGACGGGUCGCUGCUGAGGACAAGAAGGACUGGGACCAGAUGCUACCCUACGUCCUCUUCGGUAUACGGGAGGUUCCCCAGGCGUCCACCGGCUUUACCCUGUUUGAGCUCCUCUUUGGACGACAACCUCGCGGACUGCUCGACGUCGCAAAGAAGGCAUGGGAACACCAACAACCCACCCCGCACCGGUCCCUCGUCGAGCACGUCACCGAGAUGAGGCAACGAAUCGACCGCGUCAUGCCAUUAGUCCGGGAACACCUGGCCAAAGCCCAGCAGGCCCAAGCUCGCCACUACGACCGAGCAGCUCAGCCCCGCGAGUUCCAGACGGGCGACCAGGUCAUGGUGCUGGUCCCCACCUCCACUUGUAAAUUCCUGGCAACCUGGCAGGGGCCCUACACGGUCAUGGAAAAGGUGGGACCGGUCACUUAUCGUGUGCGACAGCCUGGGAGGCGACGCCCCCAUCAGCUCUACCACGUCAACCUCCUGAAAAAGUGGGUGGGGACCAGGGAACAGACAGCCGCCCUAGCAGCCAUGCAGCCCGUCACCGUGGACAUCAGUCCGGAUCUGUCGACGAGCCAGAAGACUGAGCUGCAACACCUGAUCGGUCAGUUCUCGGAUGUGUUCUCCUCCGUCCCCGGGAAAACCCAAGUGGUCCAGCACGACAUACAGACACCACCCGGAGUAGUCGUAAAGCAACGGCCCUACCGGAUACCAGAGGCUCGUCGGCAGGCUACUGAGGAGGAAAUUCAAGAGAUGCUGAAGUUGGGGGUGAUAGAACCAUCACGCAGCCCAUGGUCCAGCCCGAUCGUCCUGGUCCCAAAACCGGAUGGCACCCUCCGCUUCUGCAACGACUUUCGGCGCCUCAACGAAGUGUCAGAGUUCGACGGCUAUCCAAUGCCCCGGGUGGAUGAGUUACUGGAUCGACUGGGAAGGGCCCGGUAUAUCUCCACCCUGGACCUGACUAAGGGAUAUUGGCAGGUGCCCCUCUCCAACAACGCCAAGCCUAAGACGGCCUUUUCGACCCCCUCCGGACAUUGGCAGUACCGGACCCUUCCCUUCGGCCUUCACGGGGCUCCAGCCACAUUUCAGCGGCUGAUGGACAUCAUCCUCCGACCCCAUCAGCAAUAUGCCGCCGCCUACUUGGACGACGUGGUCAUCCACUCGGAGCGUUGGGAGGACCACCUGGACCGUCUGCGGAGGGUGCUCACGGAGCUGCGUAAGGCUGGACUCACUGCCAACCCCAGGAAAUGUCACCUAGCGCUCGCUGAGGCCAAAUAUCUGGGUUUUCGAGUCGGUCGGGGCCUUAUAAAGCCCCAAGAAACGAAGGUGGAAGCGGUACGGGAUGCCCCGCGGCCCCGGACGAAGACUCAGGUACGAGCAUUCCUGGGGUUGGCCGGAUACUACCGCUGAUUCAUCCCCAACUUUUCCUCCAUAGCUGCCCCCUUGACAGACCUGACCAGAAAGGGGCAGCCUGAACGCGUUGAGUGGACUCCCGCGACCGAAGAGGCGUUCAACCACAUCAAGCGCGCACUUACGGAGGAACCGGUGCUACGAGCCCCCGACUUCGGCUGCCCCUUUCUGCUGCAGACCGACGCGUCCGAGGCAGGGUUGGGAGCCGUCCUCUCCCAAGUGCAGGAAGGUGAGGAACACCCUGUCCUCUACAUCAGCAGGAAACUGACGAAGGCCGAGAAGAAUUACGCGACCGUCGAGAAGGAGGCUCUGGCCAUCAAGUGGGCAGUCCUGGAGCUGAGGUACUACCUGCUGGGCCGGAAGUUCACCCUGCUGACCGACCACGCACCACUUCAAUGGAUGGCCAGGGCUAAGGACACCAAUGCCAGGGUGACGAGGUGGUUCCUCGCGCUCCAGGACUUCUGUUUCACCAUCCGUCACCGGGCUGGAGCCUCCAACUCCAAUGCCGAUGGACUCUCUCGGCUGUGGUCAGCCUUUGCAGGACCAGGAAAACGCUUAGGGGGGGGGAGUGUGACGAGCGUCCCGAUGGACUAUCAGCGUUGCCCUGGAGACGUACACGGAUCACCUGCACCUGCUCAUCACAUCGGAAUCGGCCACACCUGAAGCUCGUCAGCCCGCGGUCAGAUAAGCCGUGUGAGGCUGCGAGACAGACAGAGUUCGCUCUGACCAAGGACUAAUGUGCUGUCUCUUUUCUCUCUCCCAGAAACCAGCGAGUGACCGAUUCCGCUCUGACGAGAGCCACACGACGCACCCGCCGCACCAAGGGAGAAUUUGCAAAGAGCACCACGACACGCCAGCCAAUCACCUCUCACU